UACAAAUUGGGAGUGUUUCCCGAGUGGCCAUGAGCAAGCGGAACCAGGUGUCGUACGUGCGGCCAGUCGAGCCGGCGUUCCUGGCCCGCUUCAAGGAACAGGUCGGCUACAGGGAAGGACCCACCGUAGAGACCAAGAGAAUCCAGCCCCAGCUCCCAGAUGAAGAUGGUGACCACAGUGACAAAGAAGAUGAACAGCCCCAAGUGGUGGUUUUAAAAAAGGGAGACCUGUCAGCUGAAGAAGUCAUGAAAAUUAAAGAAGAAAUAAAGGCUGCCAAAGCAGAUGAAGAACCAGCUUCCUCUGAUGGAAGAAUCAUGUAUCGAAAACCAGUCAAGCGUUCCCCAGAUGAAAAAUAUUUAGGUUUAACAGCAAGCUCAAAAAAGAAGAAGACGAAUGAAGAUAAAAUAAAUAAACAGGACUCGGUUAAAAAGAACUCACAAAAGCAAAUCAAAAACAGCAGCCUCCUUUCUUUUGACAGUGGAGAUGAAAAUUAGUAAGUGUAAACGUUUUGGACUUGGUCUUUAAGAGUAUAUGAAGUGUUUUUAAAAACAUUAUUUUUUCCUAUUAUAAAGAUAAUACAAGUUCAUCAUAGAAAAUACAGAAAAAAUUUAGUAGGAUGAAAACUGUAGCCAUCCCUCAAUACACCUUUGAUUUGAAAUGCUAACUCUGUAGACGUUAACUACUAACAUGUUAUUUCCCAUGUGGGUGUGUAUGUAUGUAAGUUUUAUUUUUUUAACAAAAUUGAGAUUGUAUUAUGUAUGUUCUCUAUACUGCUUCUCACUUGACAUUAUAUUGUGAGCAUUUUUCCAGGUCAAUAAAAUUCCUGACAUUAAUAGCUACAGAAGAUUUUGUAAUUAAACAGAUCCCUGUUGUACUUCCUCAUGAGCAGAACCCCACUUUGGUUGGGGAAGACGGUCAUGUGUGUAGUUAAGAACGGUCAUGUGUGUAGUUAAGAAUACUUCCCCAGCUCCUGCUAAGCGUAGUCGUAUGACAUCUCUGGCAAGCUAGGAGAUAUAAGUGGGUCUCGUACAAGUAAGGAUCUAAUUAAUACAAGUGAUCUUGACACAAGUUAGGAUCUAAUGUACAACUUGGUGAUUAUAGCUGAUAACACUAAAGAAAAGAGAUACAAGUGGAAGUCUGCUUAAUAAAGCUCCUAGGUUUUUUGAUACAAAAGGAGAGAUUUGGCAGGCAUGAACCUUUGUCUUUCUGUUUUCAUCCUGCGUGGAGCCCAGACAUGAAACCUGGGAGUACCAGGCCCAUUUCUAGGCAUAAGGAAGGCAGCCACUUGCUCUGGAUGGGACAGUGAGUUGAAAGGCUCAAGGAGCUUAGAUCCUAUAGCAUGCCUGGAGGAGCUGCAGCACCAGCCUUGGGCUGCCACACCCUAGAACUGAUACAUGAGAAUAAACACCCUCUUAUUUAAGCCCCUGUCAAAUUUGUGCUAUGUGCAGCCUAAGUAAGACAGUGGUCAAACAUGCUUGUACAAAAAUCUCAAAAUGUGUUUCUUAUGAUUCCAUAGGAUGAAUUCAUGGGAGCAGAAUUACUGGAUCAAAAUAUUUGAAUUUUUUUCUUUAAUUCUUAGAAUAUUUUUUUCCAGUUUUAUUGAGAAAUAAUGACAUACAUCACGGUAUAAGUUUAAGGCAUUAACAUAAUGGUUUGAUUUACAUCUAUUGUGAAAUGAAAAGUAUUUGAAUAUUUUUAAAGCUUUUGAUGCUUACUUUCAAAUUGCUUUCCAAAGAGGUUUUUACCGUUUUAUUCAUUUAUCACCUGCAAGAGCCCACUUACCUCAUCCAUGUUAACAGUGCAUCAGCCAUAGGCUGGCAACAGCCAUUUCAUUUUUGUCAAUUUGACAUAUUGAAAAUGGUGUUUAAUAGUCAAAUUUAAUUGGCAUUUUCUUUGAUUUGCCAGGGAAGCUAAACUGUUUUGUAUAUAUUAACAGGUUAUUUUGUAUUUUUUUGAGUUAACUUUUUGUUCAUUUUCGAUUAGUAUAGCCAUAUUUUUCUUAUAAUUUGUAAAUUAUGUAAUCUGUCUUUUGUUGUUGUUCUGUUUCCCAACUUCUGUAUCGGAUAAAGAAU